AUGUUCUUGCAAGCUUUCAAAACCGCUGUUCCAAGAAGUGUGCGCACUUUCGCUUCGACCCGUGUCAGAUCCAACGUCAUCCAGGACUUGUACCUGAGAGAAAUCAAGAGCGUCAAGCUCCAGCCUGUAAGCGCCAAGGACGCGGAGGGCAGCGUCAAGGCGUGGACCGCGCCCCAGGCCCCAAAGCUGCCUGAGCUGGAGGCCCAGGGCCCAGAAGCUCUCAAGGCCUACGCGCAGGAAGAUGUGCACGUGACCAAGACCGAGGCCGAGUCCGCCGCUGAGUCGGAGGAGCAGGACUGGCUGGUGAUUGAGGACAUCGAGGAGGAGAACCACCACCACUGA